AUGUUCCAGCCGACGGGUCCUGGGGGCCGGUCGUCAACAAGCCUGCUGGCGUUGUGUGCCAUGGGGCCCCGGGAGAGACCGGCCCCUGGCACCAGGUCUGUCCUCCUGGUGCUCUUCCUCCUGCUGCUGGUUUCCCCCGGCUCUUCAGCUGUCAUCACGGGGGCCUGUGAGAUGGACUCCCAGUGCGGAGGGGCUAUGUGCUGCGCGGUCAGUGUGUGGAUACGGACUCUGAGGAUGUGCACCCCCAUGGGCCAGGAGCACGACGACUGCCACCCCAUGAGUCAUAAGAUUCCCUUCAAGGGGAUGCGGUUGCAUCACACGUGUCCCUGUCUGCCCAACCUGGCCUGCAUCACCCCAGAGGACGGGAGGUCACGCUGUCUCCCCGCCUUCAAGUUCCCGGACUACUACCUCUGA